GAACGAUCUGGUGUGACGGGUGGCGACGGCAAGUACAAGCCUGGUAUCAAGGACAGGUAUUGGAACUUGACCGAUGCGGAGGUCGAGCGGCUCAUGCAGCUGUGUGACGAUGCCGAUGUCGCCAAGGCUGCUGGGAACCCAACGCCAUAUGGUGGUCGGGCCGUCCGACACGACGCGCUGGCCGUUGUGCCGUCUGGCUUACCGCACCUGGCACGUGCACAGCUUGUUCGUCUGGAGAACACGGAUAUCUUGCAGCGGGCGGAGCAAUUUCGGAUCCUCGCAAGGCACCGUCACAAGCUUGAGCGUGAGAAGGCGGCGGAGGAGUACGACCGAUGUGCUCAGGACGACUUGUCUCAGGGCGGAGUUGUCGCAACGGCCUCGUCAAAGUUUGUUGCACUUCGUGGCGCGCCGCAGAGCCAGGGAGACUCCCCCUGGAACGGGGUUGGCGGGGGUGACAUUGCUUUCCUUUCGCAGCGGUGGUCAGAGUUGAAGGGGCUCGCCGAGUCCAUCGCAAGCAUCGACGUCAGAAAGUACAAGCAGAGCGGGAUCAGCGAGCUCCAUAAGGCCUUGGUCGGCGUCUUCCGCGAGCACUGCGAGACCAUGCAGCAGCCAUCAUCUAAGCUCGAUGGUCCAGGAUCUGCCCCUCCCAAGCCUUCGGACUACAUCUGCCACUCAGCGAAUCGCUGUGUGUGCUCCCCAGCUGGCCGCGCGAGCAUCUCCAUGAUGAGCGCUAUCAACGCUCACGCCAGACGGCUGUAUCCCAGGGGCGACCUGCGGAAGAAGUUCGUCGCGAGCCAUGUUGUUCUUGUGCUGUUGGGGCAGAGCUGUUUGCCGACUGACGCUGCGGGGGCGGUCAAGUUCGACCUCGGCGAGCCUGCGAGCGAAGUUCGUUUCUUCCUCGUGGCCGUUACCCUGGAGAAGCCGUGGGAGAUUACGUUUUUAAAGUUGGACCCCGAAGAUGAGGUCCGUGAUCGGUUUCGACAGCGUGCAUGGGACGGAGAAGCCAACACGUGGACGUGCCACCGACCCGAUGGCCUAGUGAAGCUCGUCGACACCGACCACCAAUAUUACACGCAAUACGAGCUGGCCGCGACGAUGAGUACGGCACUUCGCUGGGACUGCGCCUGGCUCGAGGUCUAUUUUGGUGCUGGAAUGGUGGGCGCUUUCAUUCCGAACAAGUGCUAUGUGGAGCAGACGUCUGCUUGCCUGCGCCCGCUAUGGAACCCAGAGCGCACGAGGAAGUCCAAGGAUGGAGGUUUCGCUUCUUGGGCGGCCCUGGCUGUCGACGACGAUGACCAUCCCGACGACAUCGGAGGAGACGUCGGCGUCGAUGGCCCCCCAGAGUCGGACGAGCCCGAGCCUGAGGACGACGGGCAGGAGUCGGAGAGUGAACCAGAAGAUAGCGACGGAGCUGACGGAG